AUUCAUAUAUAAAUACGACCAUAACAUUCAGACAGUAUUAUUCAUAUUAAACUCAAGUAAUCAACAUGAUCGCUCAGGUAUUUCUCGUAUCUGCUUUAGCAACCAUUGCUCUGGCCCACCUACAUGAACCAAUUCACCAUGCACCCAAACCCUACAAAUUCGGAUACAGCAUCAAGGACAAACAUGGAGAACAACACAGAGAGGAAUCCGGAACAGGAGGACACGUGACUGGCAGCUACGGGUUCACAGAUGAUAGAGGUAUCAAAAGACAAGUAAACUACGUUGCUGACCAUGCUGGAUUUCGAGCUCAGGUCAAGACCAACGAACCUGGAACCGCCAAUCAAAAUCCAGCUGCCGUUCAACUGAUUUCCGAUGCCCCUUACACCGGUGGUGAAGGAUAUUUGGGUGUCCCUGCAGCAACAGCUGGAUACGGACUUGGUGGUCUAGGUUACGGAUACGGAGGACUUGGUGCAGGAUAUGGUGGAGCUUAUGGUGGAUAUGGAAAUCUUGGAUAUGACGGAGCUUAUGGAGGUUAUGGACAGGGAAUCUUGGGAGGCUUAGGCUAUGCCAGAUAUGGAUAUUAAUGUAUAUAUAUUUAAAUUAUAUAAAAAUAAAUUAUUUAGCAAAUUA